AUGCCAGAACAACAGAUGCAUCAACCACAUCAACAACUGUUUCAACCAAAACAACAGCUGCACCAAGCACUACAAAAGAAGCAAAAACUACAACUACAGCUGGCUCCACCUCAACUACAGCUACCCCAGCCACAUCAACAACUGUUUCAACAGCUACACCAACCAUAACUAAGGCUAGCUCAACCACAAUGACAGGUGCACCAUCCACUACAAAAUCUGCAAAAACCACAACUCAGGCUAGCUCAACCACAGCAACAGCUGCACCAACAAUAUCAUCAAGUGUUUCAACAGCAACUACAGAAGCACCAACCACCACUACAGCUAUGCAAACCACAACAAAAGUUGCACAAACCAGAACUACAGCCACACCAACCACAACUACAGCCAGCUCAACCACAACAUCAGCUGCAAUUACCACCACUUCAGACACACCAGCCGCAACAACAACUGCACCAACCACAUCAACAACUAUUUCAACUACUACAACAAAUGCACCAACAACCACUACAGCUGCACCAACAACUACAAAAGAAGCAAAAACCACAACUGCAGCUGCCUCCACCUUAACUACAGCUGCCCCAACCACACCAACAACUGUUUCAAUGACUACAACUACAGCUACCCCAGCCGCAACAACAACUGCACCACCCACAACUACAACUGCACCAUCAACAACAAAAGCUGCAACAACCACCACUUCAGCCACACAUGCCAGAACAACAGAUGCAUCAACCACAUCAACAACUGUUUCAACCAAAACAACAGCUGCACCAAGCACUACAAAAGAAGCAAAAACUACAACUACAGCUGGCUCCACCUCAACUACAGCUACCCCAGCCACAUCAACAACUGUUUCAACAGCUACACCAACCAUAACUAA